GCUCUAUCCGGAAUAACGUUACCAAGGAGUGAGUCGUUAGCACAAAAUGUGAAGUAUAGCUUUCAGGUGGACGAGAAAGCCACAAAUACAUUACGAUCUCUUUAUCAGUUCAUCGACGCAUGUCCUGUCUGCCAGACAGUGCCAGCGGCGAUGCUUGCCGGCGAAUGGCAAUUNUGCAGUUCAUCGACGCAUGUCCUGUCUGCCAGACAGUGCCAGCGGCGAUGCUUGCCGGCGAAUGGCAAUUGGUGA